AUGGCUCAACCAAACUUCCAGAUUCUUUCGGAUGCAGCAGCUGCUUCGGCCCAACAACUCGCAUUGAUGCCAAACCUCCCUGCUGUGAACCUCGGGGGACAACUGUUACAGAUACAGCGAACCCUCCAGGAAAUGCAACAAACGAUGCAGCAGCAAGGCCAGCAACUGGUGCAGCAAGGCCAGCAACUGGAGCAAAUCCGUCAAGAGAUCUCCCGCUCGGAACGCAACAAUUUUGCAAGGCUGCUCAAUUCUUCCGUCAAUCGUUCCGACACCCGUCUUGAAGUUUUAUAUGGCUUGAACAAUGAACCCGUUCAAGAAUUCCCUGAAACAGGUGCUGAUAUCGGAGCACUUACUGGUCCCGAGCUCAACGCCCUCCUCGGCCAGCUGGGUUUGCCUGUUGAUGGCAACGUCGGCGAUCGUAAACGACGGUUCAUCAAGUACAUCGGCUUGCUUAGUAGUUUGAUUUGA